UCAAACCAUAAAAUACAAAUCUAUCUUACUUGAGCUAUUGGAUAAACUUGUUGAACAUAACCUUAACUCUUAAUGCAUUCUGACAGAAUUCAUAAGACCUGAAUGAGAUAUUCUAUUCAUGCUGAACAAGAGUCGAGGAAUAGUUUAUCCUGUUUCUCGCAUCAUUCUUAAUGGGGUGUAUAUAUCAUCCUCAAUUUUCGUUUCAUGGUCCCAUGUUCUUAACCAGCUCCCUACUCGCCUCUUUGUCAUGGACAAUUUAGCUAAGCUUCAAAAUCCCCUCUUCAUCGAGUGCUAUACAUUAUCUCUAUUUGUAUUAAACAUUUUGCUUAAACGUAUAUAAUGUGAUAGAAAUUUUGGUAUAUGAUUUCAAAACUCUAUGUAUACUUGCUAAUCCGAUACGCUGCUGUUUUUACCUGCCUUCAGAACGGUUUUAUUGAGAAGUUUUGAGACGAUUAUCGUCUUGAAGGCCGGUUCUUUCAAUAUCUUCUCUCGUGCCGGCGACCGAUAACAUGAUACUAAUUAACCGUGGCAUAAAUUCCAGUUUUCUGUUGAAGAAGCAGCCACAGAGUUUCGGGCAAAGGUACUUCAACUGAUAUUUAUACGUACCAUUUCUGCCAGCUACUUGAAGCGGCAAUCCAAUACAAUUAAUUUUUACUUUUCGUGCAGGAAAACGAGUACUCUUGGCUGAUUUU